UUGUAUAGCCUUUUUGUACAGCCUACUCUCUCUCUCUCUCUCUCUCUCUCUCUCUCUCUCCACACUAUAAAGAACUGUCUCACUCCAUUAACCCCUCCCAUUAUCCCCACUGACUCAAUCAUCUCUGCAAAAUUCUCCCACCUUACUCUGCGCACAAUACCCCACUUUCUCUUGCUAAUCAUGGAGCGGGCUCAAUUUCAGCCCAUUUUUAAGCCGCCGGAAACUCCGAGGGAGCCCAUGGAGUUUCUCUCCCGAUCAUGGAGCCUCUCGGCUCAUGAAAUUUCUAAAGCUUUAGCUCCGCCGCCGGCGCCUCAGCUCGCGGCCAAGAACAGCCCCCCAAACGGCGCCGUCCGAGGUUGCGCCGAGACCAUACACGAGGACGCCGGCGUCGAGCUGGACGAGCCGCCGGCUUCCUCCGCCUUAUCCGGCAACCCCUUCUCGUUUGCUUGCUCGGAGACAUCUCAGCUCAUCAUGGAGCGUAUAAUGUCUCAGUCUUGUGUGCAACAUAUGCAGCAGGAGGUAUCACCACGCACUUCGGGAAGACUCUCACACAGCAGUGGCCCUCUUAAUGGUUCUCUCACAGAUAGUCCCCCUGUUUCUCCCUCUGAAAUGGAUGACCCCAAGGUGUACUCGCGCAUGAACAUUCUAGGCGGCAACCACUACAAAAGCUCCACAAACGGCGGUGGGAAGACCGUGGGACGGUGGCUAAAGGAGAGGAGAGAGAAGAAAAAGGAGGAAGCUCGGGCCCACAACGCGCAGCUUCACGCAGCUGUCUCAGUGGCUGGCGUGGCGUCAGCCAUAGCUGCAAUUGCUGCCGCCACCGCCGCUGACGGGAAAGAAGAGGCAGUGGCGAAGACUAAUAUGGCAGUUGCUUCGGCCGCCACUCUGGUGGCCGCCCAGUGCGUGGAGGCGGCCGAGGCCAUGGGAGCCGAGCGAGAUCACUUGGCCUCCGUUGUCAGCUCAGCCGUCAAUGUCCGAUCCCCCGCUUUGCGUGGGGCAGCGACAUUAAAGGCGAGGGCAUUGAAGGAUGUGUGGAACUUGGCAUCUGUAAUUCCGGUCGACAAAGGAAUGGGAGUUACUGGUGGAGGUAGCAAUGGGAGUUCUAAUGGGAGCUUUAGCGGCGAACUUGUUCCAGAAGAGAACUUCCUUGGAAUUUGUAGCCGGGAGUUGCUCGCGAGAGGAUGUGAACUUUUGAAGAAAACUCGCACUGGUGACCUACAUUGGAAGAUAGUCUCUGUCUAUAUUAACAGAAUGGGUCAGGUAAUGCUGAAAAUGAAGAGUCGUCAUGUAGCCGGGACAGUCACGAAAAAGAAAAAGAGUAAGCUCUUCUCAUGA